AUGACCUGGCGCUUCCUGAUCGCGCUCGUGGUGCUGGUGUUCUUCCUCUUCCCCGUCUACUGGCUCUUCAUCACCUCGAUCAAAUCGGCGGGCGAUAUCUUCGCCCGCCCGCCGGUCUGGUUCCCGAACGAGCCGAACUUCCGCAUCUUCGGGAUCCUGUUCAAGGACGGCGACGUCUGGGCGAUCUACAACAGCCUCAUCAUCGCCAGCGUCUCGACCGUCGUUGCCAUGGUGCUGGGCACCGCGGCUGCCUACAGCCUCGCGCGCUUCAAGACCGGCGGCCAGAACCUCGCGAUCUGGAUCAUCUCGCAGCGGAUGAUCCGCCGAUCCUACGUCGGGCUGAUCCUGCUCUACAUCGCGUUCAAUCUGCCCUACGUGAUCUGGAUGAUGCGCGGCUACAUCGAGGACAUCCCGGUGGAGGUGGAGGAGAGCGCGCUGACCGACGGCUGCUCGCGCUGGCAGGCGCUGCGCAAGAUCGUCUUCCCCAUGGCGCGCACCGGCAUCUUCGCGACGGCGGUGUUCACCUUCAUCUUCGCGUGGAACGAGUUCGUCUUCGCGCUGAUUCUGACGCGCCACGAAGUGCUGACCUUCCCCGUGCUGGUCACCCACUAUUACGGCGCCCAGUCGACCUUCUGGGCGAAGAUCGCGGCGCUUUCGGUGCUUGGCACUCUGCCGGUGUUCUUCGCGGUCGCGACGCUCCAGCGCUUCCUCGUGCGCGGGAUCACCAUGGGCGCGGUCAAGGGGUAG